AUGUCUUUUGCUGAACGGGUAGGGCGUUCUGGAGGCGGUUAGACAGGAUGAAAGGUGUGGGCUUGGGUUUACACAGUGUAUGGAAUGAUGACCAUGGAUUGGACCUAGACUCUCAGAAAUGCCUAUUUUAGAACUAAUUUUCUAGAAUGGUAACAAUGGCUCCGAACAACGUCUAGAAAAGCAUUGUCGUGGUUUUAGCCGGGGUGAAUACGAUGCAAUAAAUGGGUGACGUGGGGCUGUAAGAACGGGGGAAAUUGGCAUUCUCAGCGGAAAAAAUUAUCCAGCUCCCCCAGUUCCUACACUACUCGUGUACGCAGUGGCGAAUUACGGUCAUUGGUUAGGGUUAGUUAAAAAACUAUAAGGACAGUUAGGGGCCCCUAUUAGCCACGGCCCAUCGCCCAGAAAUUAGAAAACAUAAAAAAUACAGGUUUAGAAUCAUGGGAAAAUGCAAAAUUAAUGAUGCUCAAUAAUAAAGACAACGACAACGGUAGCUGAUUUAUUUAUUCCAUCUCAAAAAAAAACAAAAGUUGUUCUUAUUAGUUGUUACAUGUGUUGGAGACUGUUAUAUUGUUAUCGUUACAAUUUAAUUUCUUGAACAUUCUAUAAAAAUUCAAUAUAAUUAUAAUAUCUCAGUCAAACAAUGACAAUAGUCAAUGUGUGCAGGGCCAACCACAGGGCCCCAUCUUCCUCCGUUACGCCACUGCGUGUACGUUGCCACUAAAUCGAAAAUAAAAGAUCAGACCCAAGAAUAUAUCGUCUAAAAUCAUCGUAACAUUUUUCUUGACAAUCGGACUCAAAAGGAAUGUGCCUUGUUUUUUUCGAAAAGCGUCGCCCGAAAUGUUUUAGUUUCGAGCGGAAACUAAAGUGUAAAAGUUUGCACAUUUCGAAUUUUGCCAGUGAGUUGCGUAUCAUUGUGUUGCUCGAAAAGUUAUUUAUCGCAAUGUAAUAGUUAUUUAUAUAAUUUAAAUCUUAUAUAAAGCCUACCUUCCCGCCUUCGGACUUUUAAUUAAGUGACUAAAUUUUUAUGACGAUGUUUAAUUAUAACGCUAAAUUUAGGCGAAACUGGCAUGUCUCGCACGGGUAAGACGACUAAAACUUAAUCCGGAUGAUCAAUUGUCGACGAUUCCAAUCAAGCUUCCAAUGUCCGACGACUCUCUUAGAUGGUAGGUAAAUUGUGCUUAUGAUUUUUUUCUAAAACAUUUUAAUAUCCAAUAUCCAGGAAGAACAAUAAGAUGUAUUCUUGUAAUAAAAUUUGAAAUAAGGACUGAUUGUUCUUUAAAAUCUGAAUUGCUCCUCUCUUUCUCUUUUACGAUCUUCAACGGAACCUUAGACACACAAGUAAAAUAUUUCUUGCAAAAUUACGUUGUUGAUAUUAUUUCCUGCCUUUUCUACAAACUCAUUUUCUACAUAGGAAGUGAUCCCAUCAUAUCUUAAAUUUACGCACCAAUGAAAUUAAAGAAACAAUAAAAGAUCUUGUUUGCAAUAAGUAAAUAAGAAGAAAUACGAACUUAGGAUAUAUUAUGAAGUUCAUGAGAUUGUCAGCUUGUUGUUAAGCGGCAAAAAUUAACCAACUACGACACAAAUGUAUAUAUAGAAUGACGCAAAAUUUCAUUUUUUCUAAUAAUAUAUUAUACUGUAUGUAGUAUAAGUAGUAUUUGUACAAAUAGGAUGGUUGGCGAUGUUCUUUCUGGAUCAUCUUUAAACUUUAACCUAUAGCUUUAAUCACCAUAUCGUUUUAGGAGUUCACCAGAAAUAAUCAUGGAUGGCGACUACAGCAAAGCCAGUGACGUGUGGGCGUUUGGAGUGUUGAUCUGGGAAAUGUUCACUCUUACUGACAAAGAACUUAAUGAAAGAGAUGAUGAAAUCGCAUGUCUUCCAUAUCAUCAGUUGAAUUCCAAGGAACAGGUUCAUUUUUUUCAUAAUGCGUUUCAAACUGUUCCAUCACUCAUUAACUAGCCUGCGUAGCACAUACAUGUCCAAUACUGUCGACAUGAUACGGAUCGUGAAGCAGCUUCACGAUCCGUCAAAUUCGUACGGACCGUAAACACCAGUCACGAUCCGUAUCAACUCGUAAACGCAAUAGGUGGUCUCCAAUAGCAGAUGCUUGUUGCCCAGAUCUACCAACAGUUCGACGGAUCGUAACGUUCGUACGGCUCGUAAGACGAUUCUCGAUCCGACAAAUCCGUACGGACCGUAUACGAACUGUGAAAUGGCUUUACGGACCGUACGAAGCGUACGAUUCGUGAAAAUGAUUUACAGAUUGUGAACCUAUAAUAACUUCAAACAUUAUAUAUAGCCUAUAUGCUGUUUGCUAUAGGCUACACUGUUAUUUUCAGGGAGUUAAAAUAACUCCCCUAUUACUCCUUUUUGGUGGAGUUAAAAUUUUAAGGUUAGUUUAACUCCAAAUUUGGAGUUAAAGUACUCUUUCUCGACAACCGGUUUCGUAUUACAUUUCGAUACAAUUUUUCUAAUAUAAAUAUCUUGGCGAGUAUUUACCCCCCUUUUAAAUAAAUGCCACCAUUGAAAUCCUCAUAAAACAACCUUUCGAACGGGGGGUCAAGUGCCGUCAAAACAUUACACAAAGCGAAACAAUCAUAUAUUUACUCACCGCUUGGCCAAAGAUUCUAAAUUUCAUAUCCACAAGAUCUUGAAUACCCCUUGAACUUUUCGUCAUUUGCUGAACGGCUGUACGUGUAAAAUACUCUCUGUAUUCAAGCGCUUUCGUGUAGAAAGUUUCGUAUGUAUACGCCGACUAGAAAUAUUUAUUUUGAAUUUUUCAAGUGUCGGGUUUUACUCGCACUUGCGUACAUUGUGCAAUAAUUGGCCAAUAAGAAGCUCCUUUGGCCGGGAUGACGUCAAACUCACGCGUGUAGGUGCAAUUUGACCUUGCGAAUCCAUUUCUGGCCUUUCCAGGGUCAUACGAUACAAACGCCGCAUUGUUUUGACGGUUUUGAGUCGUAUUUCCGGUUGGGAUUAAUUCACUUCGAGCUCACAGUCGGACAAGAAAUGGUAAUAUAUUGAUAAAAGAUACAGAUUUGUAGAUUCAGGGUUGCAAAUAACACUCCAAAAACACUAUUUAAUGGGGAUUCGAACAAGACUACUACAAAGACGAUAUGUUCGAUGGGGCCGAAGUUAUUUUCGGCGAAAGGUAUGGCUAGUCUAUAAUAAUCUGUAUUUUUGUUCAGACAAUUGCGUAAUUUGAUACAAUAUGAUCGUUUUGACUUUCAAAGGCCCAUAAAUCGUUACAAUACUAAUAAUGACUAUAACUAUCGUUUGGAACUAGUUGAUAUUUUAUUUCUGAAUCGAAUGGUGGUAUUUCUGUCUUCAUAGCAUGCGGGGACAGAGGUACGUUUAUAUAAUAAUAUACUGUAGUGAUUUAUAAUUGUAAUAUAUGGCAAAGUAGAUAGAUUUAUGACUUGUAAUUAUUGUUUAUUUUAGUUUUUACGUACUGUCCUGGAUAAAUAUACGUUUAACAUACAAGAAGACUAUAGACCACGAAAAGUCUAUGCGUUUGUAACAUAGACCACGAAAGGUCUAUGCGUUGUUGUUAGUUUGUUUUGUCGAGUUUAUCGGGACGGUUCAGUUAUCUCAGCCGCUCUCAAAGUCCGAUCCUUUACAUAGAUAGUCAAAACCUUUUUAUUUGAAUCUUAAAUACACUACAGUCUACGACAUAAACGUAAAAUAUAUUAUUAUAUAAGUAUAGUGCUUUAUAGAGAUUUCGAGCACUGAUAAAAGUGAUAAUCUCACAUGUGAGAUUAUUCAUGAUAAUCUCAAAUGUGGAAAUUAUCGCUUUUCAAUUAUCGCUUUUCUGUAAAAAUUAUCGCUUUUCAAAGACUGUCCUUUAUAUAAUAAACAGAAAAAUACAUGGGUGCUUGGAAAUACCAGAUUUAUUUCUCGUGUUGAACAUGAUAUCUCACUCGUUCGCUGCCCUCACUCGUGAGAUAUCAUGUUCAACACUCGAAAUAAAUCUGGUAUUUCCGCGCACCCAUGUAUUAUUCUUUAUUUAUUUAAUUAAUUAUGAGGGAAAGGAGCCAGAUUUCUCGCAGUUGACCAAGUUUGUCGUGAAGAGAGCGAAAUUGGCGAAUACGGAAUAUGGCCGCUUGAUUAACACAAAACCCGAAAUCGAACGUGAAAGAAACAAGAACCCUCGGUUUAGUGGACAGUCUCGCAGAGUGUCAUCGUUUGCAUCGACCGGAUCCAUUAAAGAACAAGAUUCCGCGCAGACCAGUUAUUCACCCGGAGGGAGAUCGUCUGCAAAACUGAAAUGCUACUUUUGUGAUAAGGAAGGCCACACUGUCGAAAGAUGUUUCAAGUUCCAAGGGAAAUCAUAUGAUGAACGGAAAUCCUUUGUUUCCAAGCAAGGUCUGUGUAAUCUUUGCCUUUCUAAAGGACAUUUCGCCAAGAGAUGUAAGAAAUACCAUGGAUUCUUUAUUCCUGGAUGUGGAAAACAACACCAUCCCAUGCUUCAUCCCGUUGAACUUAAUCGAGACAACAAAGUCCAAGCACCGGUCAAGACAGAUAACGAGGAAAUCCAAGGACAGACAACCAGUUCUUCGCCCGUCCAAUUCCAGAAUGCUCAGACAGGACAAUGUGGAGCAACCGGAACUAUAAAGAAACAAGUUUGCUUGAGAGUCGUUCCUGUUAAAAUGUUUGGAAGAGACAAUGGUAUCGAAAAGGUCACACAUGCAAUAAGAGAUGAAGGAUCGAAUACAACGCUAGUAAAGGAGAGCCUAGCUAACGAGUUAAAAUUGAAGGGGCAGCCGAUAGAUUUUCAGUUGACUACUAUGAACGGAGUCUCCCAAGAAUCUGGCAGAUCUCAUUUCUUCUAUGUGCAAGGCCUGGGACAGAAAGAUCGUUUAGAAAUUCCAAAUGCGCUUUCAGUCAAAGAUUUGUCGGUCUCUGCAAGCUGUAUCCCGAACGAACAAGAUAUAGCCAAGUGGAAAUAUUUUGAUGGAAUCUCUGUGCCAGAACUGGAAAGUUCGGAGGUCACAAUUCUAAUUAGUGCUGACAUCCCUGAAGCACACUGGAAACUAGAAGAAAGACGUGGUCGGAAGAAAGAGCCAUACGCGGUUCGAACCCCUUUGGGAUGGUCUGUAGCAGGUCCUUUAGGAACUAACUCUGACAGCAAUGUUAGUUCUUUCUUCAUCCGCCAGGAAGAUGAGUUCCUCAACGAGACUGUGGAUAAGAUGUUUCAAAUGGAUUUCAGUGAGUCCACAUAUUCCCCAGAUUUAAGCAUGUCACUAGAAGAUCAGAAAGCACUAACCACGAUGGAGAAUUCCUUGAAGAUUGUUGACGGUCGCUACCAGCUGGAUCGUCCAUUUCGCACGAAACCAUAUUUUCCCAACAAUAGAAGCCUUGCUGAAAGGAGACUACAUUCUCUGAAAAUGCGACUGAAGAAAGAUCCAGAUCUCCAUGCCAAGUACAAGAUUGGUAUUGACGAAUACGUUGACAAAGGGUAUGCUGUUAAGAUCGACCCAAGCCAAUUGCGUGAUGCUGAGACCAACAAGAGAGGCAUAUGGUAUCUACCCGACCAUCCAGUUUUGCAUCCUCGAAAGCCAACAAGGCCAAAAAUUGUGUUCGACUGCGCUGCCAAGUAUGACGAGAUCUCCUUGAACAACCAACUGCUCCAAGGACCAGAUAUGACGAAUACACUCGUAGGAGUCUUAACCAGGUUUCGCCAACGCCCGAUUGCAUUUCUAGUCGAUAUUGAGGCAAUGUUUUGCCAAGUUCGAGUUUCUUCAGAGCAUCGCAAUUUCCUCAGGUUUCUUUGGUGGCGUGACGGCGAUUACGAACAAUUACCGGAAGAAUACAAAAUGUUGGUUCAUCUCUUUGGAGCCACUUCCUCCCCGAGUUGCGCGGGAUUCUGUCUACGCAAGGUUGCUGACGAAUUCGAAAACGAGUUCGACGAGGAAACGAUCAAGACUAUCCGUAAAAACUUUUAUGUAGACGAUUGUCUUAAAUCUGUGCAGAAAACGGAGGACGCUAUCCAACUGAUCGAAGAACUUCGAAUCGUCGGCUUUCAGCGAAGCGAUCGUUCCGAUUAACGAAGUUUGUAUGCAAUGAUGUGAACGUUUUGUCUUCGAUUCCUGAAAGUGAACGUGCGAAAUCCAUUGUCAGCCUAGACUUUGAUGAACUACCAGUUGAAAUAGCCCUCGGGGUAGAAUGGAAUGUGAAAGAAGAUACCUUCAAUUUCCGAACGGCCGAGAGAAAGAAAGCACCAACACGUCGAGGUAUUUUAUCGGAUGUGAGCUCCAUGUACGAUCCUUUGGGGUUCGCGGCACCCUUUAUCCUGCCGGCUAAGCGUAUACUACAACAGUUGUGUAAAGACAAGAUUGGAUGGGACGAAGACAUUUCACCGAGUAUGUUGCAGGCGUGGGAAAUAUGGUUGAACGACUCAGUCACGUUCUGGACGGAUUCUACGUGCGUUUUACAAUACCUCAACAAUGAGUCUAACCGGUUCAAGACGUUCGUAGCCAACAGAAUCGCUCUUAUCCACGACUUCUCAAGCCCAUCAAGUUGGAGAUACGUCGAUUCCAAGGCUAAUCCAACCGAUUAUGCUUCCCAAGCCCUGCGACCUACCGAUGCACGUGAAAUUAACCAAUGGAUCAAUGGACCGGAUUUUCUUCGAGGUAAAGCAGAAGCGUGGCCAACCCGUCAACAGAAAUAAGCACACUUCCUGACGAAGCUCUCGAAUGGAAGAAGGACGUCAAAGUUUACGAGACACAAGCACAGCAAGUUAAACCGUUCGAUGUCUUCAUACAGCAUUAUUCAUCGUGGUAUCGUCUCCAGAAGGGAGUCGCAUGGCUCAUUCGAUUUAUUCGCUAUUUAAAAACUGUUCAUCAAGCACGAAAUCACGACGGUCUCGAGGUCCGAAAGCCGAGAACGUCCAGUCCUGACGAAUCUACAGGGGCCGGAGCGAACUCUUUAUCAGUCGUAGAGCUGCGAAAUGCGAAGACGGUCAUUAUUCGUUAUGUGCAACGCGAAUCCUUUCCGGAAGAAGUAGCAUGUCUCAAACGUAAAUCGAGCAAUGAUCCUCCCUCCAAGGCUAUUGUGAAAAAAUCGAGCAAGUUGGCUGCCUUAUCGCCUUUCAUGGGAGACGACGGUUUACUGAGAGUUGGCGGUAGAUUAGAAAGAGCUGAAAUAUCCUUUGAUGCCAAACAUCCGACAGUAAUCCCAAGUAAACACCACAUCGUUGGUCCUUUGAUUCGACAUUACCACGAACGAGAAGGACAUGCUGGAACCCGAGCCGUUCUCGCUGCUAUUCAACAAGACCUGUGGAUUCUUCAAGGACGCUCCAAAAUCCGUUACAUAAUCGGCCAAUGCAAAGUUUGUCGUAAGAAUUAUGCGCCACCUUGCAAGCAAGUUAUGGCUUCGCUUCCAGUGCCUCGUGUUACAGCGUUUGAACGCCCGUUUGCUUCAACAGGUGUCGAUUGCUUCGGUCCGUUCCUGGUAAAAAGAGGAAGAUGCCAAGUUAAAAGAUACGGUUGUGUCUUCACCUGCUUAGCGAUGCGAGCCAUCCAUAUCGAAGUUGCUUAUACGCUCGACGCCGAAUCCUUUCUCUGCGCCUUCAGCCGUUUCAGUGCUCGACGAGGUCUUCCAACUGCUAUUUACAGCGACAAUGGAUCGAACUUUGUGGCAGGCAACAGGAUCUUAAAAGAAGAGUUCGAGAGAAUCAAGUGUGACGAAGCACAGUUAAAGAUGCAGCAUAGUUUACGAGCGAAAGAAGUAGCGUAGCACUUCAAUCCACCUUUGGCCAGUCAUAGUGGUGGAAUCUGGGAACGAUGAUACGUUCGAUUCGUCGGAUACUCGCGGCGGUGAUGAAUGAGCAAGUGGUCGAUGACGAAGCAUUCCAAACCUUCCUCAAUGAGGUUGAAAGAAUUUUGAAUGAUCGUCCCCUUCUUCGAAACGAGAGUCAACCAGACGACUUGGAUCCAUUAACUCCAAGUAAGCUACUUCUUCUGCAUUCCAAUUCGUGCGUACCACCAGGUAUAUUUGUUGACAGAGACUGCUACAACAGACGUUGGCGUCAAGCCCAACUCCUCGCGAACACUUUCUGGAAACGUUGGCUGAAGGAAUACCUCCCUACCUUACAACAACGUCAAAAGUGGCUCGAACCGAAGAGAAACCUAGCAGUCAAGGAUCUUGUGUUGUUAGUAGACAAGGACUGCCAUCGCGGAAGAUGGCCCAUGGCGGUUGUUGAGGAAGUUUAUCCUGAUGAAAAGGGGAUUGUCCGACCCGUUACGGUCAGAACAACCAACGGAAAAUUUAAAAGAGAUGUCCGACAACUGUGUUUGCUAGAAGGAGUGGAUGAAGAAAGCCAAUGCUAG